AUGCGGGUGUGUCGUCCCGGGCACGUUGCACGUCACGUGCCCUUCCAAAAAACAGGUUGCAGCACCGGUCGUGAGGGGUCCGUCGAACAGAGAACAGAGCGGCCAACGGGAGCGGGAAGCAGCAAGCCGACGCAAAAUCGGCAAGACUACGGAACGCAAGACCAGCGCAGCAUGCAGAUGAAUACGGGCACAGGGCAUCCCGCCCUCCCCCCCCCCCCCCAAGCAACUUCCGCCGUUCCGGGGAGAUGCGAAACGGGCAACACCGCGGAAGGGGGUUUGUCUUUUCACAAGAAAAAGCCGAGCGUCUCCGCCACGAAUUUCUUAAGCAAGGCGGCUCAAGCACGAACAGAGGCGGCAACAACCGGGCCUGACGCUAGCGCCUUUCGUGUUGUUGGCAAACCGGUCACAGGCCUUUCUUACACCGACUUGGCGGGGCGCAUCUCGAACCGCUACAUCACUAACUUGACGACCCUUGUGGGGCAUGGGUUGGUGAAAGUCGAAAGUUUCAAAGCUGGGGGAACUGAGGUAGGAACACCCUUUAAUAAAUCCGGCGAAAGUGUUAGCGCCUUACUUUAUUUAAGGCACUCCUGA